UCAUCUUCUCCGUCGCACACACACGUACAGAAACAAAAAUCCCUUCUCUCUUCCCUACUUGUUCCUUUCCAUGUUCAAAUAGCUGCCCAAAAUUACCUCUACCAGUUCUGUGCAAACACUUUCUUCCCCAAAAAUAGCAUCUACAGUUCCAACAUCAACAUUCUCCUCUCUUCCCUUUCCUCCAACGCGACCGGCAACAUCGAAUUCUACAACACCGCCGGCCAAACUACCUCCAACCGCAAGCCCCCCUUUGCCCCUUUCAAGCGACGAAACAACCCCCCCUUUCCCCCCGGCUUUGAUCUGAUCGGCCUUCUUGGAGGCCUCGGCAGCCAGAUCCUUCGAUUUCUUGGUGGUUUCUACUACCAAGUCGGAAAUGGCGACGGAGCUCGCAAGGGUCUGGGAUCCCUUCGCCGCUUCUUCUGCGAAGCUUUUCGAUCUCUUCCAUUCCAUAUGUCUUCCAUGGCUCUCCGCAAGGAGUCAGUAAAAGGAUGGAUCCCUCCAGUUCAUCUCAAUCUCAAGUAUUGGUUAAUGCUAAUAAGUCCGAGCAAACAAAAGCCAUCACUAGCAUGGAUUGUGAUUCCUACAAUGCUGCAGCAGAAGGCAAAAUCAAGGUCUUCAAAGAUAUGAUUGCCAAUCACCAGUCUCUUGACCUCCUACUAACCCCAAAUAAAAACACAGUCCUCCAUAUUUACAUUGCAGCCCUAAAUUCAAAAUCCAAAUCAAUAACCCCUAUUGCAGGAUCAGAAUCAACAACCACCAUCAAUGUAGGAUCGGGAUCAACAACCAACUUUGUUGAAAAAAUUCUUAAAAUGUGUAACUCACUCCAUGUUUACAUCAAAUCCCUCAAUUUUGGAUCCAAAUCACCAACCCCCAUUGCAGGAUCGGAAUCAACAACAACGUCCCUCAAUGUAGGAUCAGAAUCAACAACCAACUUUGUGAAAGAAAUUCUUGAAAUGUGUCCGCCAUUGUUACGGCAAGCCAAUGUCAAAGGUGAAACUCCAUUGCACAUUGCGGCAAGGUACGGGCAUGAUGACAUAGUGAACGUUCUAAUCGAAAAUUGUGCCCAAACUCUCCCAGACCUUGAAGGCGGGAUUGAACCAGUAAAGCAAAUGCUGAGGAUGGCUAACAUAGAAAAAGACACAGUUUUUCACGAGGCUGUACGUUAUAAUCACUUUGCGGUUGUAAAAUUGUUGAUCGAAAAAGACUCUAAUUUUUCAAAUUCUGCUAAUGAUGUUGGUGAGACUCCACUUUACAUAGCUGCAGAGAGAAAGUUUGCAGAUGUGGUCUUCGAAAUUUUAAACAAAUGCACAUCACCAAUGCAUGAUGGACCCCUCGGUAGGACGGCUUUGCAUGCUAGCAUAUUAAAUUAUCGUUCAGGUAUCACCAAGAGAAUUCUGGAUAAAAUUGAAGGAAUAAGUAGAAUAGCUGACAAUGACGGUUGGACUCCGCUUCACUUCGCUGCAUACUUCGGCGCAAGUGACAGAGCAAAGAUGUUGUUGGAUAAAGAUAGAGAUGUAGCAUACAUGAAGGACACAAAGGGAAGGACAGCUCUUCAUAUUGCAGCUCAACGUGGUAAUGAUGAUAUAAUGUCUUACAUUGUAUCAAGGUGUCCAGAUUGUUGCGAACUGGUUGAUAACAGAGGUUGGAAUCUACUCCAUUUUGCUUUCAAAAUAGAGUCCCUGUACGGCUUCGAGAGGAUUAUCAAAAUCAUCCUAGAAAAUUGGUUUCUCAGCAACUUUUUGAAUGAGAAGAAUGUCGAUGGAGAUAUACCUCUUCAUUUUUAUUCCGAUAAUUAUGAGCGAACAGCAAAGAAUUUCGUUGGUCACCCUCGACUCGACAUGAAGGCUUUCAAUAAAAAAAACCUUUGCCCAGGGGACAUCGCUUCUCAUAAUUUUGAAAAAUUCUCAGAAGAAAAGCGAUCUGAGAUUAUAAAGGGAGGAUUGUUCAACUUUCGAACCCAGCGAGUAAUAGCUUACAAAUAUGAUGAUACCACAAUACUAGAGAAGUGGAAGAAGAAUGAGGAGGAAAAGGAAAGGAAGGACAAAGAGAGGAUAUCAAUGUUGCAGAAAGCAUCUGAAGCCCAUUUGGUAGUGGGUGCACUCAUUACAACGGUGACGUUUGCGGCAUGUAUUACCAUGCCUGGAGGAUUCGUGGGUAGUGAAGAAGGCUCAUCGCACCCAGGCUCUGCACUUCUCAGAAAAAAUAUUGCUUUCAGCGCAUUCAUUUUUACAGAUACUAUAUCCAUGGUGUUGUCAAGUUCUGCUGUCUUUAUCCACUUAUUGAUGCCAUUUCUUUUCAAUGAUCGUUAUUACGAUAAAGAGUUACAAACAUAUUCCCAUGAAGAACGUCGUGAUAAACUUCUCUAUAUGGCCUUCAGGUUGAUUUUGUGGGCCAUGAUAGCAAUGGUGUUGGCAUUUGUGACGGGCACAUAUGUUGUGUUAGUGCCUUCCUUGGGUCUUGCCAUUCCCAAUUGUAUCAUUGGCUUAACCUUCCUCGCUAUCCUCCUUUUUGUGUUUCGUAAAGGUAUUUACUUAUCCUCCUUCGAAAUCCUCCAUUUAUUAACUGGAAAAUUUAAAGAUAUGUAAAGAGUCGAACACUAUGCUAAAAUUGUUAUUGUUUUAGUGGAAGUUUGUUUAGUUUUCUUUAA